AUGGCGAGCCACUCCUACCGCAGCAGCUCCAGCUUCGGGGUCAGGGGUUUCAGCUCCCCCUCCACCGUCGUGCCCAUGCCUGGAGCUCACAGCUGCAUCAGUGCCAUGGCCUACAGUGGGGGUGGUCCUGGGGGGCCAGGCUACGGGCAUCUUGGGGGCAUUGGCAGCCAGAGCCUGUGUGCAGUGGGGUCCCCCCAGAUUGCGAUGAGUUACGGAUGGCCCCUAAGCAGCAGGGGCAGCUUUGGCUACCGGGCAGGGGGCCUUUGCAGACCCAGCCCCCCCUGCAUCACCACCAUGUUGGUCAACGAGAGCCUCCUCGCGCCCCUCAACCUGGAGAUCGACCCCAACGCGCAGUGUGUGAAGCACAAGGAGAAGGAGCAGAUCAAGUGCCUCAGCAGCAGGUUUGCUGCCUUCAUCGACAAGGUGCACUUCCUGGAGCAGCAGAACAAACUGCCGGAGACAAAGCUGCAGUUCUACCAGAACUGUAAGUGCUGCGAGAGCACCCUGGAGCCACUGUUCAGUGGCUACAUGGAGACACUGAAGCAGGAGGCUGAGUGCGUGGAGGCUGACAGUGGAAGGCUGUCCUCGGAGCUCAACCACGUGCAGGAGGUGCUGGAGGGCUACAGGAAGAAAUGAGUUUAUGAAGAAGAGCUGGCCCUCAGGACCACGGCUGAGAAUGAGUUUGUGGUGCUGAAGAAGGACGUAGACGGUACCUAUCUGCACAAGGCAGACCUGGAGGCCAAUGUGGAGCAGCUUAGGGAAGAGAUUGUCUUCCUUUGGUCUCUCUAUGAGGAGGAAAUUCAUCUCCUUCAGUCACAGAUCUCUGACACUUCAGUGGUGGUGCAGAUGGACAACAGUCGGGAGCUCAGCAUGGACUUGGUUGUGGCCGAGAUCAAGGCUCAAUAUGAUGUUGCCAGCCGCAGCUGGGCUGAGGCCGAGUCCUGGUAUCAAACCAAGUGUGAGGAGGUGAAGGCCACAGUGACCAGGCAAGGUGAGAACCUCCACACAACCAAGGAGAAGGUCAACCAGCUAAGCUGCAUGAUCCAGAGGCUGUUGGCCGAGGUGGGGAACUCCAAGCAGCAGUGCUGCAAGCUGGAGACCACAGUGGCCAAUGAGGAGCAGUAGGGUGAGUCGGCCCUCAGUGAUGCCUGCUGCAAGCUGGCUGAGCCGGAGGGUGCCCUGCAGAAGGCCAAGCAGGACAUGGCCCGCCUGCUCAAGGAGUACCAGGAGGCGAUGAACUCCAAGCUGGGCCUGGACAUUGAGAUCGCCACCUACAGGCGCCUGCUGGAGGGUGAGGAGCAGAGGUUGUGUGAAAGCAUGGACGCUGUUAACAUCUGUGUGAGCCAUUCCCAGGGCAGUGUGGUCUGUGGGGACCUUGGUUCCACUGUCUUGCAUGGGCUGGGGGCGCGGCCAGGAGAGGGGCUGCGGAAGCCGUCUCAGCCUGGAGGGGGCAGCGGGGAGGCCCCUCGCUGA